AAGAGGCAGGUGCCCCAGCCUGGCUCACUCCUGCCCACCCCUGCCCCUCACCCCCUCACCCCCUCCACUCUUCUCCUUCGCUAUGGCACCAGCUUCAGGGCCCCAGCUGCUGCUGCUGCUGCUGCUGGCCGGCUCUCCCCUGGCUCUGGGGAGCCCCUUUUAUUCCAUCAUCACCCCCAAUGUCCUGCGGCUGGAGAGUGAAGAGACCGUCGUGGUGGAGGCCCAUGAGGCACAGGGUGAUAUCCCAGUCACAGUCACCGUGCACGACUUCCUGAAGAAGCAGGUGCUGACCAGCGAGAAGACUGUGCUGACAGGCGCCACGGGACACCUGAGCACUGUCACCAUCAAGAUUCCAGUCAGUAACGAGUUCCAGCCGAACAAGGGGCACAAGUAUGUGACAGUGGUGGCGAGCUUCGGCGCAGUGAUGGUGGAGAAAGUGGUGCUGGUGAGCUUCCACAGUGGGUACCUCUUCAUCCAGACAGACAAGACCAUCUACACCCCGGGCUCCACGGUCCUGUAUCGGAUCUACACCGUGGACAACAACCUGCUGCCCGUGGCCCGGACAGUCGUCAUCACCAUCGAGACCCCAGAUGGCGUGCCCAUCAAGAGAGACACUCGGUCUUCCCACAACCAGUAUGGCAUCUUAUCUUUGUCUUGGAGCAUUCCAGAACUGGUCAACAUGGGGCAGUGGAGGAUCCGAGCCUUCUACGAACACUCACCGCAGCAGAACUUCACCGCAGAGUUCGAGGUGAAGGAGUAUGUGCUGCCCAGCUUCGAGGUCCUGGUGAAGCCUGCAGAGAAAUUUUAUUACAUCGAUGACCCGAAGGGCCUGGAAGUUUCCAUCACGGCCAGGUUCCUGUACGGGAAGGACGUGGACGGGACGGCCUUCGUGAUCUUUGGGGUCCAGGAUGGCGAUAAGAAGUUUUCUCUGGCCCAGUCCCUCCAGCGCGUGGUGAUCGAGGACGGUUUGGGGGAGGCAGUGCUGGAGCGAAAGGUGUUGCUGGAUGGGGUGCAGCCUUCCAACGCUGAUGCCCUGGUGGGGAAGUCCCUGUACGCCUCUGUCACUGUCAUCCUGCACUCAGGUAGUGACAUGGUAGAGGCAGAGUGCACUGGGAUCCCAAUUGUCACCUCGCCGUAUGAGAUCCACUUCACCAAGACGCCCAAAUUCUUCAAGCCAGCCAUGCCCUUUGACCUCAUGGUAUUCGUGACCAACCCCGACGGCUCUCCAGCCCGCCGAGUGCCGGUAGUCACUCAGGGAUCUGAUGUGCAGACUCUCACCCAAGAUGAUGGUGUAGCCAAGCUGAGCAUCAACACGCCCAACAAUCGCAAUGCCCUGACCAUCACCGUGCGCACCAAGAAGGAAGGUAUUCCAGAAGCACGACAGGCCAGCAACACCAUGAAGGCGCAUCCCUACAGCACUAUGCACAAUUCCAACAACUAUCUACACCUGUCAGUGUCUCGUGUGGAGCUCAAGCCAGGGGACAACCUCAACGUCAACUUCCACCUUCGCACAGACCCCGGCCAAGAGGCCAAGAUCCGCUACUACACCUACCUGGUUAUGAACAAGGGGAAGAUACUGAAGGCAGGCCGCCAGGUUCGGGAGCCUGGCCAGGAUCUGGUAGUCUUGUCCCUGACCAUCACCCCAGAUUUCAUUCCUUCCUUCCGCCUGGUGGCUUACUACACCCUGAUUGGAGCCAGUGGCCAGAGGGAGGUGGUGGCCGACUCUGUGUGGGUGGAUGUAAAGGAUUCCUGUGUAGGCACGCUGGUGGUGAAGGGUGACCACAGAGAUAACCGGCAGCUCGCACCUGGGCAUCAAACGACACUCAGGAUCGAGGGGAACCAGGGGGCCCGAGUGGGGCUGGUGGCCGUGGACAAGGGUGUGUUUGUGCUGAACAAGAAGAACAAACUCACCCAGAGCAAGGUCUGGGACGUGGUAGAGAAGGCAGACAUAGGCUGUACCCCAGGCAGCGGGAAGGACUUUGCGGGCGUCUUCAUGGAUGCAGGCCUGGCCUUCAAGACAAGCCAAGGCCUGCAGACUGAGCAGAGAGCAGAUCUCCAGUGUGCCAAGCCAGCUGGCCACCGCCGCCGCCGCCGCUCCGUACAGUUGAUGGAAAGGAGGAUGGACAAAGCGGGUCAGUACACAGACAAGGGUCUGCGGAAGUGCUGUGAGGACGGCAUGCGGGAUAUCCCUAUGAGGUUCAGCUGCCAGCGCCGGGCACGCUUCAUCACCCAGGGGGAGAACUGCGUGAAGGCUUUCAUAGACUGCUGCAACUACAUCACCGAGCUUCGCCAGAAGCACCAGCGAGACCAAGUGCUGGGCCUGGCCAGGAGUGACUUGGAAGAAGACAUAAUUCUCGAAGAACAAGUCAUGUCUCGAAGCCAGUUUCCAGAGAGCUGGUUGUGGACCAUAGUGGAGCUGAAGGAACCGGAGAGAAAUGGAAUCUCCACGAAGGUCAUGAACAUUUUUCUCAAAGACUCCAUCACCACCUGGGAGAUUCUGGCAGUGAGUUUGUCAGACAAGAAAGGGAUCUGUGUGGCGGACCCCUAUGAGAUCAAAGUGAUGCAGGACUUCUUCAUUGACCUGAGGCUGCCCUACUCUGUGGUGCGCAAUGAGCAGGUGGAGAUAAGAGCUGUGCUCUACAACUACCGUGAGCAUGAGAAACUGAAGGUGAGGGUGGAGCUGUCGCACAACCCAGCCUUCUGCAGCCUGGCCACUGCCAAGAAACGCUACCUCCAGACCAUCGAAAUCCCUGCCAAGUCCUCCGUGGCUGUGCCAUACGUCCUUGUCCCCUUGAAGAUCGGCCUCCAGGAGGUGGAGGUCAAGGCUGUCGUCCAUGAAAUCUUCAUCAUCGAUGGUGUUAAGAAGACGCUGAAGGUUGUGCCGGAAGGCAUGAGAGUCAACAAAACCGUGGCCGUCCGGACACUGGAUCCAGAGCGCCUAGGGCAAGAGGGAGUGCAGAGGGAGGAUGUGCCCGCCGCAGACCUCAGUGACCAAGUGCCAGACACAGACUCGGAGACCAGAAUUCUUCUGCAAGGUACGAUGGCCUCUUCCCUGUGCGGCUUGGGUCGGCCUGCAGGAGCCUCCUGCAGAAGGUACACUCAGCAGCUGGCCUACAAACAGCCCACCUCUGCCUAUGCUGCCUUCAACAACCGGCCACCCAGCACCUGGCUGACCGCCUACGUGGUCAAGGUCUUUGCUCUGGCGGCCAACCUCAUCGCCAUCGACUCUCAAGUCCUGUGUGGGGCUGUUAAAUGGCUGAUUUUGGAGAAACAGAAGCCGGACGGUGUCUUUCAGGAGGACGCACCCGUGAUUUCCCAAGGAAUGAUUGUAAGAGGCAAGGGGAUUCCAGGAGAGAUAAGUAGAGGGUCCCGGGAUGGAGAGGAAAGAGCACCACUCCAUCUGCCUGAUCACUUAGUGGAGGUGGGGGCCGGGCGAACAAAGUUGUAAAACACCAAAGUGUUG